AUGACGAGCUCCGACGCUCCCAUCCCUUCAGCAGCGAAUGCAGACUCAUCCAUGGAAUUAGACACUCUCGACGUCAAACCGACCGUCAUUGGCAUCUACGGCCUCCCAGGUUCGGGCAAGACAUACCUAAUCGACCAAUUGAAGCGACAACUCAGUGCAGAAGACUUUCUCUUCUACGACGGCUCCGCCGUAAUUGCUGCUGUCGUGCCAGGCGGUCUCGAGGCGUUCUCCAGAAUGGCAGACCAAGGGCAAGCGCAAGCGCGAGAGUUCGCCAUCCAUCACAUCGGCAAGGAAUGCAUCGAGACCAAGAAAUCGGCAAUCGUGGCUGGCCAUUUCAUGUUCUGGCCGAAGACUAACGAUGGAGUUGAAGGAUCGCGAUCUCCCCCGCCGGUAUGGACUCCCGGCGACGCAGUCACGUAUACCCACAUUCUCUAUCUGGACUGUCCCGUGAGCCUACUCAUGGAGCGUCGUGACAAAGAUGCGGACAGGGAGCGGCCGCAAAUGAUGAAAUGGCAGCUGGGGAGUUGGCAGCAUGAGGAGAAGACCCAGCUCCGCAAGCUCUGCUAUGAUCUCGGGAUCUUGUUCUCGCUCGUCCACGCUAAACCGCCCUCAACGUUGCUUGACAGAGCCAUUGCGCUGGUCUCUGACUUCGUCAACCAUAGUGAGCAGGAAAACAUGCUUCGCGCAGAACGCCGACUGGAUGAAGUGGUGGUACAUAUGCUUCGCAAAGAUGCGGAUGAACCGGUGCCUGCGAUGGAGCGCAUGCUCGUCAUUGACGGUGAUCGCACCCUUACUGCUCAGGAUACGGGCUCUUUGCUGUGGAAUCUAGCCAGGAGAGAGCUGCUCGUGACAUUUGCGCUCGAGAGAGAUCCUCUGAAAGCGAUCUUUGGCAGCCCAAUGGGAUACUCAUACACUGCUUUUCGCCAGGCCACAUUGGUGUAUGAAGAAAUGAGUGGGUGGGCCGAAUUCGACGGACUUGUCAACCAGGUUGCAGAGGCGACAGAUCUGUACGAUGACUUCGUGUCCCUCCUGCGUAUUGUCGCAACACAGCGCCAUAUGGGAGCAAUCCUGGUAACCUGCGGCCUACGCCAAGUAUGGGAGAGGAUAGUGGCUGUAGCGGGCCUCUCUGACAGCGUCAAGGUCAUAGGUGGAGGACGUCUUACCGACGAGUUUGUCGUCACCGCGGCAGUCAAGACAGCCCUCGUCUCUCGUCUGCAGAAUGUCUACUCUUUGGAGACUUGGGCAUUCGGCGACAGCAUCCUCGACCUCGGGAUGCUGGCCGCCGCGAAUCAGGCCAUCGUCGUGGUCGUCAUGGCGAGCGGCGCUCCACCUCGACUGAGCGCCACUACACUGCCGGUAACCACUUUGACAGAUCCAGACUUCAUGCAGGCAAUCCUCUCGCGUCGGGCGAACGGCACUUGCGUCAGUGUCUAUAUCCUGGAAAUGACCAACGAGAAGGCAGCCAAGAUUCUCAUGACGCCGACACGCGAUGCAUCAGUCGCCGGCCCGGCUUUGAGAGAGACACAUCGCCGGGCGGGAUGGUUCUUGGCUAACAGUUUUGUGCCCACCAUCGUCGGCGUGGAAGAGUAUCAGAUCCCGCAUGUGCAGGGCAAUUCCACCGCUGGCCACCACUUGCUGGAUGAGUCGCGCACCAUGGUUGUUGCACUGAUGCGAGGUGGCGAACCUAUGGCGUUGGGCGUUAACGAUGCGUUCCCCCUCGCUGCGUUGCUGCAUGCCAACCAACCUGAGGAUAUCACAAAGAAGCAUCUGGAGAUCAUGAGGACUAUCAUCCUCGUCGACUCGGUGGUCAACAGCGGGAAGUCCGUGCUCGAGUUCAUCCAACGUGUCUGGAAAUUGGCGGAUAGCGGCCGCAAGGAUGAUGGGAAGGAGCAUGGCACGAUCCGAAUCAUCGUCGUCGCAGGAGUGGUCCAGUCGCAGGCGGUCGACAAGAUUAGGUCAAGUUGGCUGUCGUUGAAGCAUGUCAACCGUUUAACUCUGAGUCUGAUCGCUCUGAGGCUGUCGGAGAACAAGUUUACAGGCAAGGGAGGCACCGACACAGGCAAUCGGUUGUUCAAUACGACGUCUCUGGAUUGA